AUGGCUGGGACUACCGCCCCGUGGGCGUCGCAGAAGGCGUACCGCACCUACCGCUCCGCUUAUGGACCUAAGUACAAGAUCCAGCCAAACAUUGGCGGGUGGACCGUCAAGUCGACGACGAAGCUUGGCAUGACUCUUGCCGGCUUCGGCGCGUCCGCCGGCUUCUUCGCCCUCUUCUUCUUCGGCGAGGUGCCAAUUGUGCGCAAGGAUAUCCUCUCGAAGGUGCCUUUCAUCGGACAAAGGUUCAUCAGGGAGAUUCCGGCUUCGGACAACCCUUUCUAA